AUGUCGCGACCAGUAACUCCAACCACAGGAGCUCCUGCCCAAACGUUGAGUCGGUCAAACUCACAACGCCUUGGUCAUGCAGGCUCUCGACCAGUAUCAUUUGUAGGCAGAGACGACACUGGAAUCGAAGCUCAUGACCAAUAUUCGGCCGCGCCGAGGGAUGCAUCGCUCCUAUCGCAGUCCGCAGGAGCACACGAUGACCACUACCUGGGCAGCGAUGGUGGUGCUGGUGUUCACAGAAGUGCUUCACAGCUAUCACAGUCCGCCACUGCAAUACCCUCUCGAGGCAAUACUCUGAAGAAGAAAGCUUCUCUGAGAAGAACUGGCAGCCUCAACAGAUCGGGCAGUAAAAAGAGUAGCUAUGCUGGUUCAGUACGCUCAAUGCGACUGGGCGAGAAGGAGAAGUACGAGCCUGAUCCGGAGCACAAUAGUGCUUUCUUCUGCCCUGUUCCCAUUACUGGAAGCCCUACAGAUCUUCUGGCGGACAGGUUUCAAGCUUGGAGAAAGGUCCUGAAGGAUAUCAUUGCCUACUUUCGUGACGUCCAGAAAUCCUACGAAACAAGGUCAAAAACUCUACACUCGGCUUCCAACACCAUCAGUAAUCUUGUGGCUCCUCCAAAUUUCUUGCAGAGCGGUGGUAUAGCAGACGCGACACAAAUACUACAGGAGUUUCACAAGCAGUCCCUCAGCGAAUCGAACAAGUCAAGAGAACUAGAGAACGAAGUGAUCCAGCAACUCACUGGCCUACGUAGCGAUCUACAGCAGAAGAUCAAAGAGAUCAAGAGUUUGUCUGGAGAUUUCAAGAACUCCGUGUCCAAAGAGCAGGACGGAACGAGGAAAGCAAUUCGAGCUUUGCAGGAAUCCGUCGGCCACGUUGACCACGAUGCUGCAUCAACGGCAGGCAGAGGUGAUCCUUUCCUUGUCAAGCUGUCCGUUGACCGCCAAGUUGGACGGCAAAUCGAAGAGGAGAAUUAUCUUCACAGGGCAUAUCUUAACCUCGAAGCUUCAGGUAGAGAAUUGGAGUCGAUAGUCGUUGGCGAGAUUCAGAAAGCCUACAAUGUGCUUGCCGGAAUCAUGAAGAGGGAAGCUGACCACUCAUACGAAACGGUCGAGAAGCUGCGAGAAGGUCCAAUAGCUAUGGCUAAGGAUCAUGAAUGGGAUGCAUUCGUCACAAACAACGAUCGCAUGGUCGAUCCUCGACUACCACUACGACAACUUGAACAAAUUACAUAUCCUGGCAAGGAUCAUCCAGCUGCGAUUGAAGUGCGGAGCGGUAUGCUUGAAAGGAAGAGCAAAUAUCUCAAGAGCUAUACUCCAGGCUGGUAUGUCCUCUCUCCUACACAUCUCCAUGAAUUCAAGUCUGCGGAUCGUAUCAGCUUUCAAUCACCCAUCAUGUCUCUGUACCUGCCAGAGCAAAAGCUGGGUACUCAUUCCGAGCCUGGAUCAAAUUCGCACAAGUUCAUGCUCAAAGGACGCCAGACCGGCACAAUGCACAGAGGUCACAGCUGGAUCUUUCGAGCAGAAACUCAUGAUACCAUGGUGGCCUGGUUCGGCGACAUCAAAGAAUUGACUGAGAAGCGCGGCGAAGAACGUAACGAGUUUGUACGCCGUACUCAUGCACGAACGCUCUCUUCGAGUAGCAACAAGGCUCCCAGCAUAGGCAGUGGUAGCGGUAUGGAAGACGACGAAGCCGACAGAGCUCCUUUCUCUGCAGAAGAAUCCAUCCGUGGUCCAUCUGUUGCUCCGGAUGCCGCGAGCGGUGUUGGCGUCGUUGCACCACGAGGCGACAUGAUGGACGACCAGCGUUCUGAGCCCGGCUGGCGGCCGCAACGACCAACUCCAGGUGGGCGCUUUCCUUCCGAUCUCAAUGUUCAGCGAGGCUUACAGGCCUCAGUUUCGCCUUCUAGUGGAGACUCUCUGGAUGAAACUGAUCGAGAAGCCAUUGCCAGUGCAGGUGCCUUGCCAGGAAGUGGAAUUCCCUUCGUUAGCAGCACUAACACACAACCACACACGGAUCUUCAACAACCCCACACGACCCAUCCGCAGCCUCACUCAAGCCAUCAUCCACGCGGGUUACAGUCGUCGGGAAAUGAAAAGGCGGGAGCUGCCGCAAGUGCCAUCCACAACUCUGACACCGCUGGUAUUUCCAACUAUACAGCUGGAGAUCAUCAUCGUGUUGCACCAACUUCGACUGGUGCUAUUCCAGUCGAAACGGCCAGCACGUACGGCGAGUGGAUGGCACCAAUUGCUGCUGGUGUUGGUGGUACAGGUCUCGGCGCUGCUGGGGCUACUGCUUAUGAUCAGCAUAGACGUAAUCGAGCAGAGCAUGACAACGAUCAGCAAGGCUAUAGUCAGCCAGAGCGAGUUGACGAUAAUCACAGAUCUGCCCAAGCUGAACAUGUCGAUGACCAGCAAAUUGCUAUUCCAACUUACGGACAUUCUUCAGCACCUAUUAUGGAUGUCACUGCGGCCCCCAUAGACGCACCUAGGGGUCCACGAGCCGGCUCGGAAAAUGGUCAGGAUAUGGCUGCCAAUUCUCCUGCCUCCACCUAUGCUGCUCCGGUGCAGGCUCGUGAAGUGCCACAGAAAGACGGUAUCUAUGCACGUGAUUCGACUAUGGACAGUGCUCCUUCUGCUGCUUACCCUGCUCCUGCACAUACAUCAGACGGUGCACAGGAUAACACUUUCACACAGAGCACGACCACCACUAGCGCUCCACUUUCAAUCUAUGCUGUUCCUCUGAGCUCGGGCAGAGACUCACAAGCUGAACCAAGCUAUCUGCGAGACACAGCCACAGACAACGCUUCGCGCUCAGCGUACAAUACUUCCAGCACACAAGAUGCAACCUCUGGCAGUAACCGUUUCUCUGCAUAUACAGCCUCUACGGUUCCAACAACCACAAGCGCCUCAAGUGGUGUCGGUGUCGAUGCACCAGCACCAUCUCAGACGUUAGCUGCUGCGGGAAUACAGCCAUAUCCACAGACCACUCAGUCCGAGAUCGCGCCCAUCUCGACCUCCGAUCUUGAUACGUACCGUGACGCUGACGCUGCGGGUCACAAGCGACCUCAAAUGCCGCACAGUGCCAAGAGCGUGCAAACGAUUAGCGAUCUGCACGUGCCUGGCGAAUUUCCCAAGAACGAGUAUUGA